AUGACGAUGCAGUGCUCAAAUGGGGCAGCUGUCGCGCCACGACAGGUUGCAGCUUUGUUUGUGUUCGGAGAUUCCUUGGCUGAUGUUGGUAACAACAACUUCCUUAGCUCCUUAGCUAAGGCCAAUUACUAUCCAUAUGGCAUUGAUUUCACUGCUGGCCCUUCUGGGAGAUUUACCAAUGGCGAAACCUUUGUUGAUAUGCUUGGGAGGAUGUUGGGGAUUCCAUAUCUUCCAGCUUUCGCAGAUCCCACCACAUUUGGUACCCGAGUUCUUAACGGAGUUAAUUAUGCUUCAGCAGCUGCUGGCAUCCUUGAUGAGACCGGCCGACACUAUGGACAACGGUUCAGUCUGAGCCAGCAAGUGGUUAAUUUUCAGUCCAUCACAUUAAAUCAAUUAAGAAUAAUAAUGAAUGGGACGAACCUGAGCCAAUAUCUAGCAAAAUCGAUAGCAAUAUUGGUGUUUGGAAGCAAUGACUACCUCAACAACUACCUCUUGCCAUCCCUCUAUUCUUCCAGCUACAUCUAUAGCCCCCCAGAUUAUGCAAACCUUCUACUCAAUCGCUAUACCCGCCAAAUUUUGGCAUUGUACAGUAUGGGAUUAAGGAAGUUCUUAUUAACAGGAGUAGGACCGCUUGGUUGCAUCCCAUACGAGAGAGCUAGUGGUCAAGCCCAGCCAGGAAGGUGUGUGGAUUAUGUGAAUCAGAUUCUUGGUACCUUCAAUGAAGGGCUUAGAUCGCUGGUCACUCAGCUCAACACCAACCACCCUGGUGCAAUGUUUCUUUAUGGCAAUACUUAUGCUGCUUUUGGAGACAUCAUUAACAGCCCUGCCACUUACGGGUUCAGCGUGGCUGACAAGGCUUGUUGUGGAAUUGGAGGGAACUACUUGGGACAAAUAACGUGUCUACCAUUUGAAAUGCCAUGCCUAAACAGGAGCCAGUAUGUGUUUUGGGAUGCUUUCCAUCCCGCAGAAGUUGCUAAUGCCAACCUUGCUUGGAGGGCUUUCUCCGGUUCGCCCACUGAUUGUUACCCAAUCAAUGUUCAACAAAUGGCUCUCCUCUGA